AUGAACGUUCGGGAUGUCUGGCAACCUUGGUUGACCGCGAGCCCGGAUAAAGGUGGCUGUGCUGGACCCUUCGCGGGCACGUGCCCGUUGGGCGCGACGCGAGAAGAUGAACUCAAGGACCUUCAAGAACAACUGAUUCAAGGCGUUGAGCGACAAAUCGAUCUGCGUCGGAGACAGGUGGACGAGUGGAUGGCCAAAUGUGAGGCCGUGGAGACCGUUUGCCUACGAUAUACAAAGGCUCUGGGAGGGAACACAAAGUCGACAGGGAUGACCCUCGGAGAGUUGAGGAAGGAGCAGAGUCUUCCCAGAAGAUUCGACCUUGUUUCCGAAUACCAGGAAAAAUUGCGCCAGGCCUACCACACGAAAUUGGAGCAGCUCACGACACUCACCAAUCGCCUCAACAUACUCGCCAGAACACUAGGAACAACCUACUUCGCCCCAGAUAUACUGGAACCAACACCAGCUCCGGCGCUUAACGAGGAUGAUUUGGAUGCGCUGGACUCGACUGCGCCUCGUGAUGUGACGCCAGAACGAUUUUUGAAGCUGGAGAAGGAGCUUGUAAGAGGAAAGGCGGAAGUGACAAAGAGACUACAUCAACUUUCUUCAAUAUUCGCCCACAUCGACUGGUUACGGACGGAAUUGGGAAUGUCGGAAUACCUGGAUUCAGAUGACCUAUGUCCAACCUACUCUUCAUUUGCAGUCGGCGCUGCAGCAUCGCACAAACUGGCAUCCUCCAUGAACCCUGGUGACAACAGCGACCCCUUCCUUUCGACGCCUACCCCGGCAUCACGGGGGAGCUCGGUGCCCCCACUCUUGUUCCAAGAGUUAACGACAAACGCCGCAAGUAGCAGCACUGAAUGCGAAUCAACCUCAGCUUACCAGCGGAUCUUCGCCAACUUCGUCGCCCGAAUCGAGGAGGCGGACGAGGAAGCCCUUCAAUCCAAUCCUUCAAUCCCAAUCGGCCUGGAGAAUGUGGAACCCACGCUGAGCCUCAUUGAUUGGGCUCAAGCCAUUCAGGCGUCGCUGGAGGAGGUGAAGAGGAAACGAGAGGCCCAUAUCCAGGCGAUGUAUGACCAGUUGGAAGGUCUGUGGAGGAGGCUAGGAGUGGAGGAGGAGGAUAUGGAUGCUUUCGUGGAUAUGCACAGGGGAAGCACAGAGGAGGUGGUGAGACAGUACGAAGAGGAGCUUGAGAGGAUGUUGGAACUCAAGAGGGAGAGGAUGGGUCAGUUCGUGGAGAGCGCAAGAGAGGAGAUUGUUCAGCUUUGGAACGAUUUGAUGGUCGGGGAGGAGGAGCGAGCAGACUUUGCACCCUUCGUGGAUGACGAAUUUACGGAGGAACUGUUGACAAUCCAUGAAGACGAAAUUCGGCGACUUCGAGAAGAGAGGAGGAUGAAGGCGCCCUUACUCGCUAGCAUCAAGAAAUAUUUCCAAAUCUGCGAAGAGGAGAAGGAACUGGCCGCUGCUGCCUCUGAUCAGACUCGACUGCUUGGUCGAGGACGAGACCCUGGACGACUCCUUCGUGAAGAAAAGAUGCGCAAGCGAGUACAGAAAGAGAAGCCCAGACUCGAACAGGAUCUACUUGCCUCUCUUCCAGCAUGGGAACAAGAAACUGGUCAACCCUUCCUUGUCUACGGCGAGAGCAUGCUGGCUGCUCUCAUGGAAACUAUCAGCCAAGCACAACAAGAGAACGCGAACAAGCGAAGCAAGAGUCGUUCUGGCUCCGUUCCCCGACGGGCAGUCACCCCCGACGCCAGCAACUCGACCUCAACGGGCUACGUUCCAGGCGGCAGCAGGCCAAGGUCCGGCACUGUUACACCAGCCGUCCGACCACGCUCCGCGAUGGCUUCCACCUCGAGUUCGACGAGCUCUGCCUCCAACAAACGCCAACGAUUGGGUGACUCCACCUCCAGACCUGGGAAUCUACGAGCUUCGUCUCCUUCAAAGAUCCCGACCAAGACGCCCCAUCAUGCUUUGGGACAUGGGAGGAUACCGUCGAGUGUGCAGAGCACUGCGCCGAGGACUACGAGGAGUACGUCUGGCACUGUAGGACGGAGUGUACCAAGUACGACGAUGGCGGCUAUGGCGAGCAAGCGGUUCCCUAGCGCUAGUCAUACCAUGGGAGCUGGGUCGUUGGCUGGAUCAGUAUAUGGUGGUAAUUUGCCGGUACCACUUCCCGCAGUUAAGCGCAAGUCUGAAAGGGGAAGUUUCAAGCCGAGGCCUAGUUUGGACCGGGUGGAGAUGAAGAUGGGUGCGUUUGCUGGGUUUGGGACGGCGGUGAGGGAAGAGGAGGAGGAUUGA